GCAGCUCGGGCUUUGAAUGUUUUUGUUUUGCAGUGAAAAGUGAAUGAAAAAUCUUAUUAAAUUUUUAAAAUAAUAUAAUUAAAAUAGAUCAAUGCCAUUUAAACUGGCUGCCACAAGAUGACCAUCUUCAAUCUGUACAUAUUCGACAAAUACGGAACACUGCUGCACUACGCCGAAUGGAAUCGCACCAAAAAGUCGGGUAUUACCCGCGAGGAGGAGGCCAAGCUCACCUACGGCAUGCUCUUCUCCAUCAAGUCCUUUGUAAGCAAAAUAUCACCACACGAUCCGCGCGAGGGAUUCCUCUACUACAAAACGAAUCGCUACGCCCUUCAUUAUCUAGAAACUCCAUCGGGCUUAAAAUUCGUUCUCAACACGGACACAACGGCCAUUAAUGUUAAGGAGCUGCUCCAGCAGCUGUAUUCCAAGGUGUGGGUGGAGUUUGUCGUACGUGAUCCGCUGUGGACGCCCGGCACGGUGGUUACCUCGGAACUAUUCCAGUCCAAGCUGGACGAGUUCGUCAGGCAGUCGCCCAUCUUCGGCAUUCGCAAUAUAUAGCUUUAAAUUCAAAUUCCUAACACUAAGAAAAUGCCAAGCAAAAUACUAUGCAAAUUCCAAAACUAUAAAAUUCUGAAAGGUCUAUGUCAUUAGCUCUGAAUUUGCAAAUAGUUUCGCCGUAAUGCACGCCUCGAGCUUGGAGGCCGGAUAUUGUGUGCACUUAUAAGAAAUGCCUGCCCCAAUCAUCUAAACAAAAAACUGGCCAGCAAGUUGCGCAAGGUCUGCUGCUUUGUUUUUCACUGUCCGGUGUCAGCCGGCCGACGUCCACAACGACCAUUGCUGACAAAGGGGGACAAAUGUCAAAGCGGUUGCUGCAACAAGCCCCACAAGCUGAUAAACUUUGAUGGAAUGACUCUAACUGUCUGAGCGGGUGUUGCUGCAGGUUGCAAGUGGUUACACGAAUCAAAAAUAUUCGAUAGUACUUGAUUUCUAUCUUUAAUAACCUAAACAUCUCUCUUAUUUUUAUAAUCAUGAAUUUAAAUCAUAAAAAGGCCAAACUAUCUCAUUCAA